AUGAUGGGGUCUCGCGCUCGCAUCGUCUCCCUCCUCCUCGCCUUCCUCUUCGCGCGCGCAGCCGAGCGGAUCGCCGCCGCCGCACCCGCCGGCAGCAGGCACCUUACGAAGGACGAGCGGUGGAUGAACCAGCGCCUCGACCACUUCUCCCCCACUGACCACCGGCAAUUCAAGCAGCGCUACUUCGAGUUCCUCGAUUACCACCGCGCCCCCGGCGGGCCGGUCUUCCUGCGCAUCUGCGGCGAGUCCGCCUGCGACGGCAUCCCCAACGAUUACCUGGCCGUGCUCGCCAAGAAGUUCGGCGCCGCGGUGGUGACGCCGGAACACCGGUACUACGGGAAGAGCUCUCCCUUCAAGCAGCUGACCACCGAGAACCUGAGGUUCCUGUCGUCGAAGCAGGCCCUGUUCGACUUGGCCGUCUUCCGGCAGUACUAUCAGGAAUCUUUGAAUGCCCGGUACAACCGAUCAGGUUUUGAUAAUCCCUGGUUCGUCAUCGGGAUCUCCUACUCCGGCGCUCUCAGCGCCUGGUUCAGGCUCAAGUUCCCCCAUUUGACUUGUGGGAGCCUCGCUAGCUCAGGGGUGGUUCUUGCAGUGUACAACUACACCGACUUUGACAAGCAGGUUGGAGAGUCAGCUGGCCCUGAGUGCAAAGCUGUCCUUCAGGAAAUAACUAAACUUGUUGAUGAACAGCUCCGGUUGGACAGUCACUCUGUGAAGGCUCUAUUUGGAGCACAGACGUUGAAAAAUGAUGGUGACUUCCUCUUCUUCCUGGCAGAUGCCGCAGCUAUAACGUUCCAAUAUGGGAAUCCAGAUGCCUUGUGCCCUCAGCUAAUAAAGGCAAAGAAGAACAGGAAAAACUUGGUGGAAGCAUAUGCUCAGUUUGUGAAAGAUUUUUACAUUAAAAAAAUGGAGACACCACCAUCUUCGUAUGAUCGAGAAUAUUUGAAGCAAACAACUCCAGAUGAUUCUGGUUCUAGGCUCUGGUGGUUCCAAGUUUGCAGUGAGGUUGCCUACUUUCAAGUGGCACCCAAAAAUGAUAGCGUUCGUUCUGCAAGGAUCAAUACGAAGUACCAUUUGGACCUAUGCAGAAAUGUUUUUGGGGAAGGCGUUUAUCCUGAUGUGUUCAUGACGAACUUGUAUUAUGGAGGCACAGGAAUUGCUGCUUCUAAAAUUGUGUUUACAAAUGGCUCCCAAGAUCCAUGGCGUCAUGCCUCCAAGCAGAAAUCAUCGAAAGACAUGCCAUCGUACCUAAUGAAAUGCAGAAAUUGCGGACAUGGAACUGAUUUGAGGGGCUGUCCGCAAUGGCCUUUCAGGACUGAAGGGCCUGGUAACCGCAGAUUAGUCGUUGUUCCACUGGGAAAGAUUGUAAAGAGAUUUGGAUGUCCUGGAGUAAGCUUGUGUCGGGAAAUACUCCGUACAUAA